AUGGCGGGUCUACUCUACCGUUUCAAACGGUACAACGCAGGACAAAAGCUCAACCUCAACUUUAUAGCCAAUCCUCCUUCUCUUCCUGAAGGUAUGACUGAAGAGAUGAUCGAGGACUAUGAGGGGGAGGAUGCCCCAGAAAAGGCUCAUGUCGUCGAGGCUGCUACCGAAGAAUCUCCUGCUGAAGCCGCUGCUGACAAGCAAGGCGUUACUUAG